UGCUGGGCAGCGAUUGGACUGGAUGAGCUUAAAGGGCUUUUCCAACCUGGUUGAUUCUGUGAUUCUGUGACAGCAUGAAGCGGAUGAGACAGAAAAUAAUUUGAUUGGGACUGCUCACCUGCCUGGUAGCUAAAUACGUACAGACUGUGAGGUUCCGGAAUCCUACUUGUAUCUCUGCAGUUGACCCUAUGGAUGGGGCACGCAGACAUUGCACUGGUGCAGAGCAGUAAUUUUACAAGCAGAGAAGUGGGCCGUGCUUUUCUUUGUGGUUACUGGUGUAAUAACGUCUUUCUGGAGUGUUCAUGGAAAGGCAGAGACAGUUAUUGAACUGAGGAAUGUGUGCUUGUAAAGGAAUUCUUGGUAGCAUGUGGGUAGCUGUUGCUCUUCAGUUAUAGAGUUCUUUUAAAUUCCAACAGAUUCAAAGAUCACAAACAAUUCUCCUGCAAAAACAAGGUGGGGAAACUGCUUGGCAAUAAUGAGGUAUUUCCACUUCUGUAAGCUCCCAGGAAGAGUUAAGGGAAUCCGCCUACUGCGCUUCACUUCAGUGGUGAUCAUUGUUUUACUUCUUGUGGCAGGUGCUUUGACAGCUUUGCUUCCCAGUAUCAAAGAUGACAAAAUGCCCAAUUCAAGAAGGGAACCAAAAACCCAGAGUCAUUCUGCCUUGGAUGCAUUUACUCUUAUCAUGCAGACAUAUAAUAGGACAGACUUACUGCUAAAGCUUUUAAAUCAUUAUCAAGCCAUCCCCCACCUACAUAAAGUAAUUGUUGUGUGGAACAACGUUGGUGAGAAGAUACCAGAGGAAAUGUGGAAUUCCUUGGGACCUCAUCCUGUCCCUGUUGUCUUUAAAGUUCAAACUGUAAAUCGCAUGAGGAACAGACUCCAGAAUUUCCCGGAGCUGGAAACUAAAGCUGUUCUGAUGAUGGAUGACGAUACACUAGUCAGUGCUCAUGACCUUACUUUCGCCUUCUCUGUUUGGCAGCAAUUUCCAGAGCAGAUAGUGGGAUUUGUCCCUAGGAAGCACAUUUCUACUCCUUCAGGUGUAUACAGUUACGGCAGCUUCGAGUUGCAGAGCCCUGGAUUUGGAAAUGGAGAUCAGUAUUCUAUGGUUCUUAUCGGGGCAGCAUUUUUUCAUAGUGGAUAUUUAGAAGACUUUCAAAGACAGCCAGAAGCAGUUUAUGCUUUAAUAGAUGAAACUCAAAAUUGUGAUGAUAUUGCCAUGAAUUUUCUGGUAGCCAAGCAUACUGGGAGACCUUCAGGAGUGUUUGUGAAGCCUGUUGACAUAAGGAAUUUAGAAAAAGACACUAACAGUGGCUAUUCUGGAAUGUGGCACCGAGCAGAGCAUUUGUUACAGAGAUCUUACUGUGUAAAUAAACUGGUUAAUAUUUAUGAUGGCAUGCCUUUAAAAUAUUCUAAUAUCAUGAUUUCUCAGUUUGGUUUUCCUAAUUAUGCCAAUCACAAGAAUAAAAUGUAAGCCAAUG